AUGUUUUCUAAAAGACAAAAUGGUGGGUUUUCGGUCAUGGUUUGGGGAGCAAUUAGUCUUUAUGGAGUAUCUCCGCUCAUAUUUAUGGACGGCAGAGAGGAUUCUAUCAAGUAUGUUGGUGUUAUACGUAGUGGUUUGCUGCCGUUCGCGUCGGAGGUAUUUGGUGAAGCGCAGCGUUGGUUUUAUCAACAAGAUAACGCACCGAUUCAUACGUCGCGUUUUAUAAGGAGCUGCCUAUCUGAGCACGCCAUUUAUACCCUACCAUGGCCUCCGAAGUCUCCAGACAUUAACAUUAUUGAGAAUGUCGGGGGUGUGAUGGCUAGGAUGGUUUAUGCUAGAGGUAAGCAUUACCCGAAUGUCCAAGAUUUGAAGGUAGCUAUCGAGGAAGCUUGGUCUACAGUAGGUUCCGAGCUUUUAUUGACGCUUUACAAGAGUCUAACGCGUCGUAUGCAUGCGGUUAUGGACGCCCGUGGUGGCGCAACAAAGUAUUAA